AAAAUCUCUCAUCAAUCUCUGUGAACUUCGAGUCUUCGACAUUUCAACGGUGAACUUCGAAUCUUCGACAUUUCAACGGUGAACCAUUACUGUUUGAGAGCCAUGCCUUACAAGUUAAGAACAAGAUUAGUAAGGACUCCUGAGCGUCCGUCCUCCAGUAGAAAUCUGGUCUGUCAGACAGUAGAUCCCAUCCAGGACAUUUCAACGGUGAACCAUUACCGUUUGAGAGCCAUGCCUUACAAUUUAAGAACAAGAUUAGUAAGGACUCCUGAGCGUCCGUCCUCCAGUAGAAAUCUGGUCUGUCAGACAGUAGAUCCCAUCCAGGGCAUGCUGGACAACAGGUCAGGUGGAAACCAGAGGGCCACCAAGAGAAAGUCUGACGAGAGCCAUGAAAGAACCAUUAAGACUAGCAGGACAAGUCAAUGUCCCUCCGAGGGCUUCAGACCGUCAUUCAGCAGAGGAAACUUUAACUCCGCUGAGGAUGCUGGGACAUCAACACCCGCCUGCGCCAGCGUUAGCUCCAAAUCUGAGGAGAAGAAAGGCAGGAAGAGGAGGUUCGAGGACACAGAAGCAUACGGGAAGAAGAAAAGAACGUUCCUGAGUCCCAGUGAGGGCACCAGCUACCAGGCCACCACUGAGACCACCCCUGAGACCAACCCUGAGACCAUCCCUGAGACCACCUCCAGUGAUGAAUUUGACACCUCCUCCACACAAAACAGCAGAGGAACCUUUUACCCGACUGGGGAUGCUGGGAAAUCGGCACCCGCCAGCACCAAAUCUGAGGAGAAGAAGGGCAGGAAGAGGAAGUCUGAGGAAACAGGAGACUACGGGAAGAGGAGAAGAACGUCCCUCAAUCCCAGUGCGGGCACCAGCUACCCCUGGUAUCAGGCACCCCUGCGCUACCUCUCGAACUCAUUUCCUUCUCUUUUUAAUCUCUUUUUUCCAUCUAUCCCUGAGACCAUCCCUGAGGCCAUCCCUGAGGCCAUCCCUGAGGCCAUCCCUGAGGGCACCGCUGAGACCUCCUUCAGUUACCGAUCUGACACCUUCUUCACAGAUGACAACGGUGGAACCUUUUGCCCUACUGGGGAUGCUGGGAAAUCGGCACCCGCCAGCACCAAAUCUGAGGAGAAGAAGGGCAGGAAGAGGAAGUCUGAGGAAACAGAAGCAUCCGGGGAGAGGACAACAACGUUCCUACGUCCGAGUGAGGGCACCAGCCACCAGGCCACCACUGAAACCACCCUUGAGCCCAUCCCUGAGGCCUCCUUCAGUUACCGAUCUGACACCUUCUUCUCAGAAGACAGCGGAGAUAUCUUAGACUCCGUUGAGGAUGCUGUGUCAUGGAUACCCGCCAGCACUGACUCUGAGGAGAAGAAGAGCAGGAAGAGGAAGUGUGAGGACACGGGAGACUACGGGAAGAGGAGAACAACGUCCCUCAAUCCCAGUGCGGACACCAGCUACCCCUGGUACCAGGUACCCCUGCACUACCUCUCGUACCCAUUUCCUUUUCUUUUUAAUCGCUUUUUUCCAUCCAUCCCUGAGACCAUCCCUGAGACCAUGCCUAAGGCCACCAGUAGCGACUCUGACACCACCUUCCCAGAAGCCACUCUGUUUCACAACAGAGCUGACUUUGAGGCGAAAUAUGAGGAAGAGGGAAUGCUGGGUGAAGGAAGCUUCGGAGUAGUCUUUGCUGGCCACCGCAAAGACGACCAUCUGCCUGUGGCCAUAAAGCAUAUCCGCCAGUUUCUUUACACAACAGUGGAUUUGGAUGGGGAAGUUAUAGAUCUCCCUACAGAGGUGGCGCUGCUGGUGCACCUCAAUCCAGCAGGAGCAGGAACCAGUGCCGUGGUGGGCCUGCUGGACUGGUACAAUCUGGACAAUGAGCUGAUUCUUGUCCUAGAGAGACCCGUCCCCUGCAUGGAUCUCUAUGACUAUUUGGGGUCCAUACAGUCAUCAAUACAGGAGGACAUGAGCCGGAUCAUAACAAAACAACUGGUGGAAGGUCUCCAAGAGGUCCACUCCGGAGGUGUUUUCCACAGGGACAUCAAGAUGGAAAACAUCCUCAUCGAAACCGGUUCUGAUGUCCCACGUGUCUGGAUCAUUGACUUUGGCUCUGGCGAAUUUCUGACAGAGGAGAGGUACACUAAAAAUGAAGGUACCCUGUUAUACACUACUCCUGAGUAUAUCCGGCGUGGGUGGUCCACGCCUGAAGCUACCACUGUGUGGCAGCUCGGUUCGGUGCUGUUUGAGAUGCUGCAUGAUGGGGUGAACCCCUUCCAUACCCCCUGUGACAUCAUCAAUGCAGUCCCUGACAUCCGUGACACUCUUUCCUACAAUUGCCAAGAUUUUAUAGCACGCUGUAUGGACAAGAGCCCAGAGGCCCGACCCACCCUGGAGACUCUUAAGCACCACCCCUGGCUCGUGUGAUCUGUUGUCCUGAGGGAUCCAGUCUGAUGUGAUACAGACUGGACCUCUCGGACCACGGAUGGAUCCCUGAAGACCACGGAAGGACCCCUUAAGACCAUGGAAGGACCCCUCAGGAUCACGGAAGGACCUCGUCCAGGGUUAACGCUGCUGUAGUCCCCAUAUGUGGCUCCCAUUGCACUCUCUCUUGAAGCAGUAGAAAUCAGACCGAGAGGCUGGUGGCGUCAAUCUCUAGUAGGGCUGUGACGGGGAGGAAAAUUUCUUGUGACAACAUGGGUGUUACCGAUUACACCAGAGAUUUUACAGGAAAAGAUGACGGUCAUCAUGUGUAGCCGCUUACUUUGAUCUUUACCUUCAGGUGGCUGAGUGACUAGCCUCUCCGGUAGAACUUUUGCUGCGGAGCCGCUGGGGUGUACCCGGCGCCGCUCCGCCGCGCACACCAGCUGUGACCAUUCCGUCCUCCUCUUAGCAUUGGGUAUAAAUCUGAAAUUUAAACCGCGUUUGCUUUCCUCUGCCAUCUCUCGGUCUUUCAACUCUCUCCCGUCCCGUGUGUGUGAAAUCUGACUCCUGCUACUCUCUGCUGAGAAUCUGUAUGGAGCAGAUGCAUCGGUCGUCCGACUAUCUAUUGACAACCUGCCGCUGCAGGUGUGGGUGGCGGGUAUGUAAUGUAAUGUGCCCGACCACCGUGUAACACUGGUAACACGGACUACCGCGACAAGCCAUAGUGAUUAUAGGCCUACGUUCAUGCUUCAAACACCCAGCUGUCCGUGGAGAGGGGAUCUCUCUUUGAAUUGCCUUUUCCGAGGUUUCUUACCGAGUUUUUCCUCGUUUUCUUAGAGAGCUGGAGCUGGGUUGAGAGUGCACGGGAUAAUGUACAGCGAGCCGGUCAUUGUUGUCCCGCUAGCUGUACAUUAUCCCGCUUAUUACACGGCUACUUACUUAAGAAAUCAC